GCUGGUGUCGCUGCCCAUUGGGACUUCCCGAGGAAAGAGCUCCUCACUGGCAAAAGACUGAGGAGAGCACGUUUAUCAGACGGUGCCCAACGAACUGACUUGCUUGGUGCUUUUUGAUUUUUGCCUUUUUUUUUUUUCUUUUUUUUACUCAUUUUUGUCUUUUAACAGCUACCUGAAGUUUCUGGCAGUAAAGUUGUCAUGGAAGACCUGGGCUGCAAAAAACCCAGCGACUGCACCGUCUCCAGGCUACUCAGUGUAGUGGAGAGCGAACUCCGGGCUGGGAGAGACAAAGGUGACCCAACUGAGAAACAGCUCCAGGUUGUCUUAGAGGAUGCGACACUCUGGCAGAGAUUCAGGGAAGUCACUAAUGAGAUGAUUGUGACCAAGAAUGGCAGGCGGAUGUUCCCUGUUUUGAAGAUCAGUGUGUCAGGCUUGGACCCAAACGCCAUGUAUUCCUUCCUGCUGGACUUCGCCCCAACCGAUGGCCACCGCUGGAAGUACGUCAACGGAGAGUGGGUGCCAGCUGGGAAACCAGAGCCACCAAACCACAGCUGUGUCUACAUCCACCCAGACUCUCCCAAUUUUGGGGCCCAUUGGAUGAAAGCUGCUGUUUCUUUCAGCAAAGUCAAACUUACUAAUAAACUCAAUGGGAGUGGGCAGAUAAUGUUGAACUCCCUGCAUAAAUAUGAGCCACAGGUGCACAUAGUUCGUGUGGGAGGCCCCCACCGGAUGGUGAUGAACUGCUCCUUCCCUGAGACGCAGUUCAUAGCUGUGACUGCCUAUCAAAAUGAGGAGAUAACAGCUCUCAAAAUCAAGUAUAAUCCCUUUGCCAAAGCCUUCCUGGAUGCAAAAGAAAGAAACCAUCCCAAGGAUGCUCCAGAAACAGCCUCUGAAAGUCAACAUAUGACAUAUACUCACUCUCCACACACUCCCCACAGCUGUGAGAGGUAUUCAGCUCUGCGAGGGCAUCGGGCUGCUCCGUACCCACCUUCCUACAUGCAGAGAAAUCACUCACCUGCAGUUAAUUUGUUGGAGAGCUCCAGCAAUAAUCUUCAGGUAUUCUCAGGACAUGACAGCUGGACUUUGCCAUCCUCUCCACAUGGUAAUCUGCUCUCAGUGCCACACACAAAGGGAGCUGCCAGCCCUGGACCCAGCCACUACCCUUGCCUCUGGACAGUGAGCAACAGUGCGGUAAACGUUGCCAACCCAGGAAGUGAGGGUAACAACAGCCCUUCAAGCAUGUUUCUUAGGGGUAAUGUCCCCUUACCCACUGCAUCAUCAGUCCAAAUCCCUCUGCAGGGAACAGUGUCCAGCAGCAUGGAGACGCAAGGGGAAACUGCUCUAGCCAGACUGGCAGACUCUGCAUGGACAUCCUCACACUCCUUUUAAUGGACAGGCAGCUUGUGAGGGAAGCUCAGCCAAAUAGGACUGGCACAAAUGGCAAAUGAUCCUCUAGAAUUGCAGCUCAGAGCAGGGAUGUGUAUGCAUAAAAUCCACUUCACCAAACAUCGCUUUCUAUAAUGUACCUCCUGUAUGUCAGAGAAGCCAAAAUGCAUAAUGGAAAGACAGGAAAUGUUACAGGAAUCAGCUUAUUACUGUAACCUUUAUGUGUCAUUUAGGAAGAUGUCCAGAACAAAACCUUAUAGCUAGCUUUGCUUCUCUAUCACAUUAAACAUGCUUAGAGUUAUGGGACUGAGAGAAGCAGACAUGGCAGCUGGAUAUUUGCAUGUAAUUUAAA